GAUUUAUAUAAUAUAAGGGCCUAAGGCCCAUUAACGAAACGAAAGAGAGUGAAAGCAAGGGAAGCUUUCUGAUGAUGGUGGAUUAGCGAUUGUUCGACGACGAUGAUGAUGGCGAGGUUUAUCCCUGUAUCGUCUUGUCAGUUUCGUUUCGGCUUCCGUGAGCUUCCUCCUUCGUCGUCGUCUCUCAAUCCAAGACGUUUCGAGGUCUCUCGCCGGAGAUUUUCGAUCAAAUGCUCGUCAUCUGAGUCGGAUGAUGGUGUAGAUUCGGUAUCUAUUAACAGUUCGACAUACAGCUGGUUCACCGGACUCGGCGGUAUCGGGAUGUUAGACACCGCGUAUUUAACCUACCUGAAACUCACCGGCUCCGAUGCAUUUUGCCCCGUUGGUGGUGGUACUUGCGGCGAUGUAUUGAACAGCGAUUACGCCCUUGUUUUUGGUGUUCCUCUGCCAGUGAUUGGGUUUGUUAUGUAUGGCUUAGUAACAGCUUUGAGUGCACAGCUCGGGGAAGGGAAUUUACCCUUUGGAGUUAGUAAGACCAACGGGCGUUUUGCGUUAUUUGCGGCCACAACUACAAUGGCAUCUGCUAGUGCGUACUUCCUGUAUAUCCUUAGCACCAAGCUCUCGGGGUCAUCGUGCCUUUAUUGCCUAGUGUCUGCUUUCCUAUCGUUUACUCUAUUUUUCCUCGCUGUAAAGGAUGUGAAGUUGCAAGAGUUACAGCAAGUUGUAGGAUUGCAGAUAUGCUUGGCACUCAUAGUAGUUGCCUCCUUGACUGCUUCAUAUAGUACUGCUCAACCAAUCCCUUCAAGCUCAGGUGACAUUGAGCUGCCAUAUUAUUCAACAGAGAUCACUACAUCAUCGAGUCCGUAUGCUAUUGCCCUAGCAAAACAUCUAAACUCCAUUGGAGCUAAAAUGUAUGGAGCAUUCUGGUGUUCUCACUGCUUAGAGCAAAAAGAGAUGUUUGGAAGAGAAGCGGCAAAGCUACUGAAUUACGUGGAAUGUUUUCCCGAAGGCUACAAGAAAGGAACUAAGAUAUUCAAAGCAUGUUCAGAUGUUGGUAUCGAAGGAUUCCCCACAUGGAUGAUAAAUGGUCAGGUAUUAAGCGGAGAAGUAGAACUCGCUGAACUAGCGGAGAUGUCUGGAUUGAGCCUUGAUCAGGCAACUGAGGCCAAACAACUUCAGUAAAAUUUGUAUAGUUGCAGGAAUAUUAGGUGAAUGCUCUUUUAUUGAUACCGAUGGUUAUAGGAUGCUCUGUGCCAGUGCAAGUGAUUAUUAUUGCCACAGGAGGUUAUAACUCCAUGAUCUAUCUCUUAGCCAGCACCAGAGAAUCACACUAUCAUGUAAAGAUUAUUAGGUUCCAAAACUUGUUGGGUUCUACUAGCAAUCCGAGAACCUGCAUUCAUCUAGUCAUGUCUUCAUGUAAGAGUAUACACAUGAAUGUAAAUCGGUGUAUUAUGGUGUAAUCCCUAGAAAUGAGGUUAAGAGCACACAUGUAUGUAUGUUGUAUUUACAUAAUGAAUUAUAUAUGCGUGUA